AUGAGGACCGAAUUCUGGCCUGACUACGAUUAUAAAACAGUGGGGAAACUGAUACUCGAAGAUGACACUGAAUUCGUUGGAUACAGUGUGGGGUAUGAAGGAUCCAAGGAAGAAGAGAAAAACUUAUCAAAAAGGGAACUGAUAAAAGGAGAAAAUAAUUGGAACGAAGUAUUGGAAAAGAAAAGUUACUUGAAAGAGGAUCUUUUAUUUAAGAAUAGCAUAACGGAAAAUGAAGAUUAUAUUGUAACAGGAGAAGUUAUAUUCAAUACAGCUAUGGUUGGAUACCCGGAAGCAUUAACAGAUCCAAGUUAUUUUGGACAGAUUCUUGUGCUAACAUUUCCAUCUAUUGGAAAUUAUGGAGUAGAAAAAGUACAUUAUGAUGAAUUUGGAUUAGUUAAAAAUUUUGAAAGUAAUAGAAUUCAAAUUCAAGGGUUAAUAAUAUGUGAAUAUACAAAAAAUUCUUAUCAUUAUAAUUCUUGUAUGACGUUAAGUGAAUGGUUGAAAAUUUAUAAAAUACCAUGUAUAGGUGGAAUAGAUACAAGAGCGUUAACAAAAAUAUUAAGAGAAAAAGGAAGUAUGUUAGGGAAAAUAGUAAUAUAUAAAAAUACAAAGAAUAUAAAUAAUUUAUAUAAAGAAAUAAAUUUAUUUGACCCAGGUCAUAUUGACACUAUUAAAUAUGUUUGUAAUCACUUUAUACGUGUAAUAAAAUUGGAUAAAAUAAGUUAUAAUAAUAACAAUAAAAGUAGAGAAGAUUUAAAAGGGUUAAAUGAGGCAAAUGAUUAUUCACAAGAACAAGAAAAUGAUAACGGUAUUGUAAAGAUUAAUAGUUACAAUUACCAAUGUACAUCUUCUUCUGAAAAAAUAGAUUUUAAUAAAAAUUCAAAUGAGCAUACAUUGUUAAGGGAUAAAAUGAACCUAUUAACAUCUUCAGAUGAGAAUAUUAUGUAUUGUAGUAGUUACCUCAAUUACAAUACUAAUGGGGAAAAGAAGGAUGUUUUUUACAACUUACGUGCUAUAUGUGAAUAUGAGAAGUACUUAAUCGAUUUGGAGGAAAAUACCUCGUUUCAUGAUGGUAAUGUGGAUGAGUAUGGUUAUUACGAUAUUGAAAAGAGUCUACGGAAGUUUCAGUUUACAGUGGAUAGUAGAAGUAAGUGUAAUGGUCAGAAGAACAACGUUCAUAGCAACAGCACUAGUGACAAUGCAUCGAUGGGAGUGAUGGAGAAAUUCAAUCUCAAUAACGACUACUCUACGUAUACAAGGAAAAAACUAAAAAAUGCGGAAUUUCUAAAUUUUGUAAAUAAGAGAAAAUCUGAUAUGGAGAAAAUCAUCGUUAUUGUAGAUUGUGGUAUUAAAAAUAGCAUAAUAAAAACCUUAAUGAAGCAUGGAAAAGAUUUGCCAUUAACCUAUGUCAUUGUGCCUUAUUACUACGAUUACAACAGUAUAGAUUAUGAUGCAGUUUUACUCUCCAAUGGUCCAGGGGAUCCCAAAAAAUGUGAUCUUUUAAUUGAAACCUUGAAGAAAAGCUUACAAAAAAAUAAGUUAAUAUUUGGAAUUUGUUUAGGUAAUCAAUUACUUGGAAUUUCACUAGGAUGUGAAACAUAUAAAAUGAAAUAUGGAAAUAGAGGUGUAAAUCAACCUGUUAUCCAAUUGGUAGACAACAAAUGUUUUAUAACAUCACAGAAUCAUGGAUAUUGUUUAAAGAAGAAAAGUAUAUUGAGAAGGAAGGAAUUAGCUAUUAGUUACAUCAAUGCAAAUGAUAAAUCUAUAGAAGGUAUUACACACAGAAAUGGAAGGUUCUACAGUGUUCAGUUUCAUCCUGAAGGGAAUAAUGGACCAGAAGAUACUUCAUUUCUUUUUAAAAAUUUUCUCAUAGACACGUUUAAUAAGAAAAGAGAAUUUAGAGAACAUAUUGGUCAUAACAUAAUUUGUAUAAAAAAAAAAGUACUUCUUUUGGGUAGUGGUGGAUUAUGUAUCGGGCAAGCUGGAGAGUUUGACUAUUCUGGCACGCAAGCUAUUAAAAGUUUGAAGGAGUGUGGUAUUUAUGUUAUAUUAGUUAAUCCUAAUAUUGCCACAGUACAAACGUCUAAAGGAUUAGCAGAUAAGGUAUAUUUUUUACCUGUUAAUUGUGAAUUUGUGGAAAAAAUUAUAAAAAAGGAAAAACCUGAUUUUAUUUUGUGCACCUUUGGUGGUCAGACCGCUUUAAACUGUGCGCUAAUGUUAGAACAGAAAAAGAUUUUAAAAAAAAAUAAUUGCUUAGCAUUGGGAACAUCGUUAGAAUCUAUUUUAAUAACAGAAAAUAGAAGUAUGUUUGCUGCAAAGCUGAGAGAAAUUAAUGAAGUUAUAGCACCUUAUGGAAGUGCAAGAAAUUUAGAACAAGCAAUCGAAGUUGCCAAUAAGAUUGGAUAUCCCAUCUUAGUACGUACGACAUUUUCGUUAGGAGGUUUAAACAGUAGUUUUAUAAAUAAUGAAGAUGAGUUAACUCAAAAGUGUAAGGAAAUAUUUUUACAAACAGAUAAUGAAAUAUUUAUUGAUAAAUCAUUAAAAGGAUGGAAAGAGAUAGAAUAUGAAUUGUUAAGAGAUAAUAAAAAUAAUUGUAUAGCUAUUUGUAAUAUGGAAAAUAUAGAUCCUUUAGGUAUCCAUACAGGAGAUAGUAUAGUGGUUGCUCCUUCUCAAACAUUGACUAAUUAUGAAUAUUAUAAGUUUAGAGAAAUAGCUCUUAAGGUUAUUACCCAUUUAAACAUUAUUGGGGAAUGUAAUAUUCAGUUCGGUAUUAACCCCAAAACUGGAGAAUAUUGCAUUAUUGAAGUGAAUGCAAGACUUAGUAGAAGCUCAGCACUUGCAUCAAAGGCCACUGGAUAUCCCUUAGCAUACAUAUCUGCGAAAAUAGCAUUAGGUUACGAUUUGAUUAGUUUAAAAAAUAGCAUAACGAAAAAGACAACUGCUUGUUUCGAACCAUCUCUUGAUUAUAUUACAACAAAAAUACCAAGAUGGGAUUUAAAUAAAUUUGAAUUUGCUUCUAAAACAAUGAACAGUAGUAUGAAGAGUGUAGGAGAAGUUAUGUCCAUAGGUAGGACUUUUGAAGAAUCCAUACAGAAAUCGUUAAGAUGUAUAGAUGAUAAUUACCUAGGAUUUAGUAAUACAUAUUGUAUAGAUUGGGAUGAAGGGAAAAUUAUAGAUGAGUUAAAGAAUCCAUCUCCUAAAAGGAUAGAUGCAAUUCAUCAAGCUUUUUAUUUAAACAUACCAAUGGAAAAAAUUCAUGAAUUAACACAUAUAGAUUAUUGGUUUUUGCAUAAAUUUUAUAACAUUUUUAAUUUACAAAAUAAAUUAAAAACCUUAUCACUAGAUCAGUUAUCUUUUUAUGAUCUCAAAUAUUUUAAAAAACAUGGAUUUAGUGACAAGCAAAUUGCACACUAUUUAUCUUAUAAUAACCCUAAAGUAACAGAAGCUAUUGUUAUGAAGUAUAGAGAAAGCUUAGGUUUGCAUCCUCAUAUAAAAGUUAUUGAUACCUUAUCAGCUGAAUUUCCAGCGUUAACAAAUUAUUUAUAUUUGACUUAUCAAGGUAUAGAACAUGACGUAUGUCCAUUGAAUAUGAAAAGGAAGAAAAACAUGGAAGCAGAAAUUAGUGACACAAAGCUGAAUAGGAAAAAAAACAGCAUGUACCCCAACAUUUCUAUUGAGAUGAAAAAAAAGAAAAAAGGAGAAAAGAAGGAGGAAUCAUAUCAUCAUAAGAAUACGUACAUUGAGUUGUGCAGGAACAAUAUAGACAUAACUGUUAUAAAUGAGGAUAAGGUUAGUGGAAAUGCAAAUAAGAAUAACAUGAUGAUGUUAUCAUCACCAGUAGAAAAUUUCAAGAAGUAUACCUUUGUUACAGAAGAAGCACAAGGGAUCUCGUCAAAUCAGGUGUUUAACAAAGAAGGGAAAGAAGAAAAGAGCAUAGGAUCAGACGAAACAAAUAUAUUCAGCGUGAAUAAUUCAUCAAAUAAUAUUUCUCUCCAGAAUGAGCUUAAUAUAGUAUCUGGUUUUGACAUAAAUAACACUUCAAAAAAUGUGAUUAGUAAAAGGGAGACGUACCAAUAUGAAAAGAAUGCUGAUACAGAGGAAGGAGAACACAUAGAUGUGCAGAUGGUAAAUAAAUACAAGUGUGAAGAAGUGAAAAACAUCAUUUCAGAUAAAGGUAAUAAUAACCAUUUAAAAGAAUCUAGUGCAUAUGUAACAACAUGCAAUGUUGUUGGAUGUAACAGAAAAUCCGGAAGCAGAGAAUUAUUAAUGAAUAACAAAAUGGAUGAUAUUUCGAACAGAAGUUCACAUUCUACAAAUGAUCAAUUAUAUUUAGAAAAUUUUAAUACAUCAGAUGAAGAAAUGGUAAAAAAGAAUGGAGGAGAUAUGUAUUAUUUAUCAAAAAAAAAGAAAAAUUAUUCAGAAAUUAAUAGUGCAGGAAAUAUGUACUAUGUAGUAGAUUCAGUAUAUAAUAAUGAAUAUAAAAUGAGUAAAAUGAAAGAAUUAAUUAAUAGCGAAAAUACAGAUAACAAUGAAAGUUUCCUAUGUUAUGAACAACGCGGGUAUGUUGCCAAAUCAGAACAAAUUGGAAGAAUGUCCCAUGUAGGAGGAGAAGGUUUGAGUGGGAUUGGAGGUAGUACUAUUCCCAUUCAUCCAUACAUUUAUGAUGAUAGUAAUAAUGAUAAAGCCAAUGAGAGAAAAAAUGGAGAAACAAAUGAUGACUUAUUCAAGCCACAUCAUGAAGCAGAAAAAGGAAAAAGUAAAUACAGAAGUAGUAGUAGUAGUAGUAAUAAAAAACGAGAUAUAAAAAUGAAUAGUAAUGGUAUAAAUAAUGAUGAUAAAAAUAGUGAUUGUUUCUCUGAAUUAUCUUACCUACGUAAUUGUGUCAAAUCAAGUGAUGCAGAAAAUGAUGAUAUUGAUGAUGCAGAUUAUAACUGUGAGGAUGACAUGUAUACAUGCAGUAGUAGUAGUAGUAGUAGUAGUAGUAGUAGUACAUCAUCUAAUAACUUAUUUCAUGAUUCUGAAGAAUCGUAUAAUAAUUUUUCUUCAAAGGAAUCAGACGUGACUUCUAUAUAUUCAGAAAAUGAAAAUAUAUUUAAUGAAAAAUUUAAUGAUAUUGGAUUUAAGAUAAUUCAUGAUAGGAAUGAAAAGGAAAAGGAAAAAAAAAAAUGUUUUAUUGUGCUAGGUUGUGGUUGUUACAGAAUUGGAAGUUCAGUUGAAUUUGAUUGGAGUGCAAUACAUUGUGUUAAAACGAUUAGAAAAUUAAACCAUAAAGCAAUUUUAAUAAAUUGUAAUCCAGAAACGGUUAGCACAGAUUAUGAUGAAAGUGAUAGAUUAUAUUUCGAUGAAAUUACUACAGAAGUUAUAAAAUUUAUUUACAAUUUUGAAAAAAGUCAUGGUGUUAUAAUAGCAUUUGGUGGUCAAACAUCUAACAAUUUAGUAUUCAGUUUGUACAAAAAUAAUGUAAACAUUUUAGGAACUAGUGCCAAAAGUGUAGAUUGUUGUGAAAAUAGAAACAAAUUUUCGAAUCUAUGUGAUUCCCUAAAAAUUGAUCAACCAAAAUGGAACAAAUUUACAAGAUUAUCAAAAGCUAUGCAAUUUGCAAAUGAAGUAAAGUUCCCAGUUUUGGUAAGGCCAUCUUAUGUACUUUCAGGUGCUGCUAUGAGAGUUGUAAAUUGUUUUGAGGAAUUAAAAAAUUUUUUAAUGAAAGCAGCAAUAGUUAGUAAGGACAGUCCAGUUGUUAUAUCGAAAUUUAUUGAAAAUGCAAAAGAAAUAGAAAUUGAUUGUGUAAGUAAAAAUGGGAAAAUUAUUAAUUAUGCCAUAUCGGAACACGUUGAAAAUGCUGGUGUCCAUUCUGGAGAUGCAACACUUAUAUUACCAGCACAAAACAUUUAUGUAGAAACACACAGAAAAAUAAAAAAAAUUUCAGAAAAAUUAUCGAAAUCCUUGAAUAUAUCUGGACCUUUUAACAUUCAAUUUAUUUGCCACCAGAAUGAAAUAAAAAUAAUUGAAUGUAAUUUAAGAGCUUCUAGGACGUUUCCAUUUAUUUCAAAAGCUUUAAAUCUAAACUUCAUAGACUUAGCCACCAGAAUAUUAAUGGGAUAUGAUGUAAAGCCAAUUAAUAUAUCUCUCAUAGAUUUAGAAUACACUGCUGUGAAAUCACCUAUUUUUUCGUUUAAUCGAUUACACGGAUCUGAUUGUAUAUUAGGAGUAGAAAUGAAAUCAACAGGAGAAGUAGCUUGUUUUGGCCUAAAUAAAUAUGAAGCAUUAUUAAAAUCUUUAAUAGCUACUGGUGUGAAGUUGCCAAAAAAAUCUAUAUUGAUAAGUAUUAAAAAUUUGAAUAAUAAAUUGGCUUUUGAAGAACCAUUUCAAUUGUUAUUUUUAAUGGGAUUUACAAUUUAUGCAACUGAAGGAACAUAUGAUUUUUAUUCGAAAUUUUUAGAAUCCUUUAAUGUAUCAAAGACCUCAAAAUUCCAUCAGAAGCUCAUCCGAGUACAUAAUAGAAGUUCAGAAAACUUACUCCCAAAUAUAACAGAUUUAAUUAUGAAUCACAAAGUUGAAAUGGUUAUUAAUAUAACGGAUACACUGAAAACCAAGGUUAGUUCUAACGGAUAUAAAAUAAGACGUCUCGCUUCAGAUUUCCAGAUUCCUCUAAUAACCAAUAUGAAAUUGUCUUCAUUGUUUAUAGAUUCCCUAUACAGAAAGUUCUCUAGAAGCAAGGAGAAAAAGCCUUUUUACACAAUUAAGAGUUAUGAUGAAUACAUAAGUUUGGUGUAA